GGAAAAAGAUCUACACAAACCGGGCAUGUCUCGUCGCUAGGCUCUCUUGAUCACCAGUAUCGGCAAAAUGUACUCCGUUUAAGGACGGAGCAUCGGCACGCCAGAACAUGAUAUGCGCCGUGACUACGUACAAGCGACAUGGUCAGCACUCCAACGGCUAUCGCACACGGACAUCGAUACUCACGCUCGACUUCGAAAACAUGACAUCAUUUGGAGCAUUUCCCAUCACCGCAAAGGCAACUCCACGGUUGUAGCAAGUCUCCCGUGCCGGUUCAGCUUUGCUGUCCGCCGUCGGUCACGUGAUGAUGCCAGGCAUACCACUUCGUCGGGCUGCGUUCCACUCACAGGCCACUUUAGACUUGACCAUGACCCAGCAGCGUUUGGAGCAAAUAAAUAUAACCAUACGGCUAUGGACUUUGCUUUCGAUAAAACCUAGACUUGUAGCUGUAGUCUUGACACAACGCGACAUUCAAUGUCACCUGUGCGUUUUCGAAGCUCAGCAGGCGACUUUUCGUUUGCCGCACGUCAAACGUAACAGUGGAAGCCUCUUUCCCCUAGACAGGGGCGAUCAUGUCUCUAAGCUCUCCCACUGCACUGCGAUGCUGCCCCCACCGCUAUCGAGCAUACCUGAUUCAACUAUGAGUGUGCCGGGCCUCAAACUGGUUCGCUUGUUCCAUUUUUUCUCUGGGAUAGCAAAAAUAUGGCUUCCGCCCAUGUAUCGAUCGUCCCUGGUCCGAUUGAGGUCAAAAGAAGUGCGAAAGUCAUGAGCAGAGUGGGGUUCGAACCCACGCUCUUUCGAACUGGCGAUUCAAGUCUUGCAUGACAUACCUGAGCCCCGUGAGGUCCACAGCGUGCCAAGCCGCCUAAAGCCAGCGCCUUAACCACUCGGCC